AUGGGGCACUCUGACCGAUAUGACACAGCCCCCGGAGCCCAGAUUGGCACCGCUUUCCUGGGAACACAGGCCCCCAUGCCCUCAGGAUCACCAUCUGAGAGUGCCACCUGGGAGAAGGACUCCCAAGCUGUGAGGUACUAAAAUUUGCAGAAACCAAGAUAGGCCGCGCUGAAGGCUGGCCUGUGAGACAAGGAGGAAGGUGGCUGGUUCAAGUAUGGCCUUCAGCGUAAAAGAUCGGAAGUUUACCCCAUUUACCACACUCCUCUCUGCGCCGGCUUCUCUGACCCGGGCAACGUGGACAAGGCUCUGAAAUACCUGGAGGACAGCCGGAUCCUCACCUACCAGAAGACAGGCCAGCAGUGGGACUUCCCCAAUGCCUGCCCCCUGCAGGACCUGCUCAUCAGAGGUCUGGUCAAGUCUCCUUCAGCCAGGGCCCAGGAAGUGGCUUUCCAGCUGGCCCAGAAUUGGAUCCGAACCAACUGUGACAUCUACUCCAAAAAGUCAGCCAUGUAUCCCCAGUAUGAUGUCAGCAACGGCGGACCACCAGGUGGUGGAGGGGAGUAUGAAGUUCAGGAGGGGUUUGGCUGGACCAAUGGUGUGGUCCUGAUGCUCCUGGACCGCUAUGGUGACCGGCUGAGCUCGGGGACCCACACAGCUUUCCUGGAGCCCCACUGCCUUGCAGCUGCCCUUCUGCUUAGCCUCCCGCUCAGCCUCCUGCCUCAGUGA